AUGAAUACCCUGGUUGUAGGAGCCAUCCAACUUGGGGCCACUGCUUCAGACCAACAUGUGCACAGAAUAAUAACUUCCGGCACGCAUCGACUGGCGUUCAGUCAAGGCUCAAAAGUGUUUGUGGCGAUCAACAACGACGACUCGGCCUGGGUGCUGAGGGACGUUGUUGUGGGGUUGGCGUCGCCUGAGGAUGCAUACCAAGAGUUGAGCCGGGUUACCUCCCUGUUUUUUAUCGCUCUUGCUCCUUCAGUAUGUCCCCUGAAUGCAGAUACUUACUCCUGUCCUCCGUCUAGUCAGCUCCACCCUACAGGGGAAGGCCAACUCGUGCAUCUACAGCCAGACCCCUCAUCCGGCCUCGCCCGCUUGUGUCCUCUCACUAUUGCCCCAAGAUCGGCAAGUGGAAUCAUGGUUGUCUGA